GUACUGAAACCCCUGGAAAUAAGUGACUGCCGUCAGCUGAGAUCGCUUCCGCAUUAUUAUGCCACGCCUCCUGCACGUUUGUGUCGAAUCAUUUCGAUACCAACAAGUCUAACCUCAACCUGAAAAUGCGAUGUGAACAUUGUCGACUUUAAAUCACCGAUGUAUGGAAACAUGAAAGCGCUUUGCUGCUUUGCGCUUCGUUUUUUCCUCCUUGUUGAUGUGUCAUUGGUAUUGGGAGAUUUGGUCAGUCCUCAGAAUGUGACUCUUGAGACGCUGAACACACAUUAUGUCCUGCAGUGGGAAUGGAGUCCGCAGACGGCUAUUAACAGCACUGUCACCUUCACUGCACAGUCUCUUGCGAAGUAUAAGGCUCAUAAGCAGGUUCAUAAGCAGGACUGGCAAUCUGUGUGUGUGAAUGUAACAGAGCACCGCUGUGAUUUCUCUAAUGCUGGUCUGCAUUACUUCGGCAUGUUUCUGCUACGUGUACGGGUGAACACAGCUCAAAAGUCUUCCCGCUGGGUCCAGAUUGAGUUCUGCCCUGAUAAACAUGCUGCUUUAGGUCCUCCGUCCAAUGUGCAGCUGAACUCUGUUAAAGAAGAUCUUGAGAUCAUUAUCUCUGACCCUCUGAGCAGCACGAACCAGUCAAUGAAAGAGCUGUCGCAGAAGAUGUAUUACCUCAUCCAGCACUGGAAGAAAUCAGACAGCUCACAGGAGUCAAAAACAGUUUUGAAGACGGAGAGUAAUGUUGUGAUACUGUCUAACCUGGACAAAUGGACAGAGUACUGUGUGAGAGUUCAGUCCUGCUGUGCAUUCUACAACAAGAGCAGCAGCUUCAGUGAUACACUCUGUAAACAGACUGGGGGAGACACUUCGUACCAGCAGAUAGUUGUCUACUUCCUGUUGUCUCUGCUCUUUUUACUGGUGGUGCUUUUUCUGUGGUUCUGCUUGUAUAAGAUGCGCAAGAUCAUAAAGGGCAUCUUUUACCCCUCCAUUGAACUGCCAGUGUACAUGCAAGAGCGCUGGUCAUCUGACUCGGAUAUGCCAAAAUUGUUGCAUCCUGAGUCAGAGAGCGUCUGUGAUCAUCUGGUUCUCAACAGCGUAGAGACACCGGACACUGAAGCAAUAGUGACGGAUGCCCUCAUCUCACAGGACACAGUCAUGCACAGCAGACAUGGCAGCGGAGACUCUGGCGUUUACUCCACAGAGGAGGACUCGGGUCACACACACAUCACACGCACUGAUGUACAGAUGGAAGGCCUGUGUAAGACAAAAACAGACCACAGUGAAGAGACACAUGAUAGAAUGCACGAGCUCUGUGUUUGAAAAUCAUCAAGUCAUAUAGAUUAAUCUGUUUUUUGUACAAGCAAGCAUCAGUUGUCCAGCAGCACUUAUACUAUUGCUCAUAGAUCUUAAGGUUGAUGACUUGAACAAACUUUUAACUCCGAGUAUUGAACGAAUAUUGCAAAAGAUUAGCUCAAUUGACACCAUUUGUGAAGAGAUUGAUAACCAUAAAUUUAUUUAGACUUGUUCUAUGGACAACGUAGGAUACCUCAAGUCAUUUUUGCUAAUACUUUAAGCAAUCAGACUGACAGACUUGCAUUGAUGCCAGAAUAUCAUAGAGAAUUGGGCCGUGCGCGCUUUUGACUUGUGCCAGUACGCAACCACACAGAACAACCUAGAAACUGCAUUGCAGUGUGCUAAAAGCCACUGUGAAAACCUUAGCAACCAUAUAGCAAUACCAUAGUAUCAUGACAAAAACUUUGGCAUACGUAAACACCACUGAUAUUUUCUUCAGAACAUAAAAAUGUAGUUGUAGUAAAUGUAAUAUGGUUUAUAUGUGCUUUUAAACGUGACCAGAGAAGCAUUUGUUUAACCUAUAAUGAAAUAUUUUGUCUUGGCAGAUUUGCAUUUUCUCUGUUCCUCCAUCAUCUAUCAUUUUAUUACAGUUUUAUACAGCACAGUGUGUGUGUGCUAAAUUUCAUGCAGAAACGGACUUUUAAAACAUCCUCUUUGAACUUGUUUUUAUGAAUAUAAUUGCCUGUAUGCAAAAUGUUCUUGGUUUAUGAUUCUUAUAGAAUCUGAUUUAUUAUUGUGUCUGUUGAUGUAUUUCUUAAUGCUUCUUAUUCUCAAUUGAGACUAUAAAUGUGCUUACAUCACUGUGGCUGUUGCACUGUUUUGAUUUUACAGCACCUCACUGAGUGUCACUAUUGUUUAGCCCUUCAUUUGUCAUUUUCCCCACUGUACAGUUAGUUACCUGUCAGUAUAAUCUGAAUGUCGAUACCAUCAAUACAUGCUUGACAGGAAACGAACAAGUAAUCCUCUUCUUUUGUCCAUGGUGCGCUCCAGUGUUUUCUCUACAACAGAAAAACUUAAUCACACCCUCUACUAUCAGUGUAGCACACAUGGCAUGAUGUACUCAUACUGUUGCAAUGUUUUUGCAUAAAAAUUUACAUUUAAGAACAAAUGUAUUGGUACUGUAACAAAUGUUAACAUUAAUAUUAUUAUGAUUAAAUCCUCAGUCUAGGUUGGGGAGAAACCGUAACCAAAAGAGAAGGUUUUCUUAAGAAAAUAAGUGUCGUCCCAUCUCCUGCUCUUAACACUUGAUAAAAAUGAGUGUUGUCUCAUGUGGUCCUGUGUUGGUCCUUUGUUGUUUUUAUGUAGCACCAUGGUCCUGGAGGAACGUUGUCU